AUGGUUCAGGAGGAAGACAUUGGUACACUUCUUGCAAAGUUUGUGGAGGAGGAUAAAGCCAAACUUGCUGUUACUGAAGACUUAAUGGCACCUCCAUCAAAGAGAACAUCAUUUACUCUCACGCCUCACCCUGACAAAGACCAACUUAUUCUCUUUGGUGGAGAAUACUUCAAUGGUAGUAAGACGUUAAUGUUCAAUGACUUGUUCUUCUACACUAUCAAGCAAAACCGCUGGUUAAAAGUUACAAGUCCAGGAGGCCCGGCUCCCAGGUCUGGCCACCAGGCUGUUGCUGUCUCUCAGAGCGGUGGUCAGCUGUGGGUCUUCGGAGGAGAGUUCACUUCGCUCACACAGUCACAGUUCUAUCACUUCAAGGACCUCUGGGUCUUCUACUUCAACUCCAAAAGAUGGGAAAAAAUCACGUCAGGUGGAGGACCGUGUGCACGCAGCGGACACAGGAUGGUCCUGGUCAAGAAGCAGCUCAUUGUGUUUGGAGGUUUUCAUGACAAUUCUCGAGAAUUUAAAUACUUCAAUGAUGUUUAUGCAUUUAACCUUGAAGAUUACAAGUGGAACAAGCUGAAUAUUACAGGAAACGGCCCAUGUCCAAGAUCAGCAUGUCACAUGAUGCCGCUCUCUGAUGGUCGAGUGAUUAUAUAUGGUGGCUACAGCAAGGAGAAGAUCAGUAAGGAUGUUGAUAAAGGAGUCACACACUCAGACAUGUUCAUCCUGGCUCCUGACAAGCACGAUGCCGGGGGAGCAAGGGGAAAGUGGCAGCAGUCAAAAAAUAACAAAAACCCCAAUUUCCCUGUGGAACGUUCAAAUAACCGCCAUAAAAAGAGAAGCUUCGACGACAUCGUCGUUACUGUUGGACCUUCACAGUCAUCAAGCAGUGGUGUUUGCAGAGGUGCAGUUGAUGCCCCAGAUGUGUUCACCCCGCUGCCAAGAAUCAACGCUGGGAUGGCUAUCAAGCGCGGAGUUCUCUACCUUUAUGGUGGCAUGUUUGAAGACGGAGAUAAACAACUCACGCUUGAUGAUUUUUAUACCCUUGGUAAGAAAGACCUUUAA